GCGCAUUACUAUGUAAAGACCUGCCACUACACACACUGCGCGCUUGACAAACCACAGACAAGCACGCAGGCGCGCGCACAUACACGUUUACGCAGUUCGCACGCGCGCGCAUCACACACACACGCACGCACGCAGGCACACAGAGACGCGGACGGCGCUGUCGGAGAGAGUGAACCUGCGGGUUCAUGUCACCCUGAUUUCUCUAAGGAAGAGGAAUACCGAGGCAGAGAUCAGAGGGGACUAUCAGUCACAGCGAUGGCUCUCGCGACCGCGUGGAACUACUGCCUCCCUCUCGCCAUCAUCACCGCCGCCUGCCUGGUGCGCACGGCUCGUUGCCAGGCGGUGCAGGCAGAGAAUGUGACCGUCUUGGAGGGAGGUACAGCCCAGAUCUCCUGCCGUCUGCAGAACUACGAUGGAUCAAUCGUGGUUAUCCAGAAUCCCCGCCGACAGACCCUCUUCUUCAACGGCACGCGAGCCCUGAAGGACGACCGUUUCCAGAUGCUGCUCUUCACGCCGCGGCUGGUGCGCAUCGAGUUGACCAACGUCAGCGUGUCGGACGAGGGCGGCUACUUCUGCCAGCUCUACACGGACUCCACGCACCACCAGGUGGCGACGCUCUCCGUCUUGGUGCCCCCGGAGACGCCCACGGUGGAGGUGAAGCAGGAGGCCGUGGAGGGCGGAGAGGUGGAGCUCACCUGCGUGUCGCCGCGCAGCAAGCCGGCUGCCACCCUGCGCUGGGUUCGCAACGGCCGUGAGCUCCCAGGUGUGGUAUCUCAGCAGGACAACGCAAAGACGUUCAGCGUGUCCAGCACCAUCCGGAUCUCGGUGGAAAGGAAAGACAACGGGGCGGCGCUGAGCUGCGAGGCGUUCCACCCGGCACUCGGCGGGCAGAAGAGGAUUCGACACUACCGCCUGGAUGUGAAUUUUGCACCAACAGUCCGAAUUGUUCCUCCCCCUGGCAUUUUGCGAGAGGGCGACUCGCUCAGCCUCACCUGCUCCGUCUCCGGGAACCCUCUGCCCAGGAACAUUCAGUGGUCCAAGAUUAAUGAAUCCUUACCCGAGAGGGCCGAGAUUUCUGGCCCCACCUUUCAGAUUUCCCGCCUCAGCCAAUCACACAACGGGACGUACUUGUGCCAGGCCCAGAACAACUAUGGACGCGCUGCCGACCAUUACACCCUCCUGGUGUACGAUAAUGUGUCAGUCACUACCACGGUCCCUCCCACUCCCACCACCCAACCAAUCACCUCCCUUCCCGCCACCCCAACCCUCCUAACACCCAGCUUCGCUCCGGACCCCAAAGUGUUUGUGCUUGAAGACAAUGUAACGUUGGUCAAAGAUCCCGGUGCAGUGGUAGAGACUCACAGUGCAGUACCAUAUGCAGUGAUAGGUGGUGUCCUGGCCCUGCUGGUUUUCACCGUCAUCUGUGUCCUCAUCGUCACCAUCUGGUGCUCCGUUCGACAGAAAGGUUCCUAUCUUACCCAUGAGGCCAGUGGGUUGGAUGAACAUGGUGAGGUGCAGGAGGCUUUCCUCAAUGGGAACGACGCCAGCCAGGGCAAGAAGGAGUACCUCCUGUAGCCCCUCCCCCUCCCUACCCCCUCCUCUUCUGACUUCAUACCCCUUAUCCCUCCCUCUCCCUGUGUCUCACCUUAUAUACAGUAGACACACAUGACACACACACACACUAUACAAAGCGCCAUAACAGGCGGCCUUCUGAAAUCGACUUUAUACAGAUACUGCACACAGCCAAUCCAUACCGCUCCAUUCCACUUCACGUCCUCCAUGCACACACCCGGCGACAGAUUGAGAAAAAGAGAGCCGAGACACACCAGCUAUUAACGACUGUGCCAUAUACUGUAAGUCGAAGAAACUGGGGUGAAUGGAGAGCAACAGAGUCGGGGAGAAAGUGAGGGUGAAUGAAGACAAUAACGAAAUGAUGCCAUAAUUAUUUCUGAUCGAGAGGGAAGCGGCGGGCACAAAGAAAACCGGCACUCUGACUGUGCAGCCACCAAAGUGGAAGAGGAAUUAGGAGCAGAUGACUGCUAUAAUUCCAAGCCUGGAAAAAACAAUUUAUUUCACAAAGCUCAAUCUAUAACUGAUGGAGACAGUGGAGCGGCGUGUGAGAGGGGAAGGGGGAGAUAUAGAAAAUUGAAAUUUAGAAAAAUCGAUAAAGCAUCUUUCCUAAAGAGCUUCAUAUUUAUAAUUUUCAAACAACACUGGAGUGUUUUAGCCCAGAGUCCCGGGCAGUGCCCAGACUUGUGUUAUCCCUGCAAGGUGGCCUUCCAAUAAUGUGUGAAAAUAAAUCAUCUUUUCAUGAUUUUUAUCUCGACUCGCUGCAACAGUGAGGAAAAUGGUUCUCUCUUCUUUUAAUUAACUCUCCAUCUCCUCCUUCCUCUCCGUUCACCUGUUAUCAUCCUUUCCUCUCUCCUUUAUACCUCUCUUUCUCUCUGUCGCUCCUCCUUUGUUGGCUCCUAUUAAUGAAAUAAUUAGUGUUGGGAUGCGUUCCCGACGAGGAAGAAAGGAAUAUGACUUGCUAAGACAUUAAAGAAGAGCUUAAUUAUUUUAGAAUGUCAUUAAGAGGAUAAAGAGGUUUAAAAGUGUUAAUAGGAAGGACAAGGGGAGCAAAUGAAUGAGGAAAUUAAAUGGUUGGAUGUUUUGUUCUGAGUGCUACCACACAUGCAGAGACAUGCACACAUUCAUACGUACAGUCAACAUGUUGACAGAACAAGUAUACAUAUCUCUGAACUCCUUAUUUGUAUAAAAAAGAACCGCAACAUAAAUUAAAUGAAUCUUUUAAGAUAUAAAAAAAAUAUGUUUACUAUUCAAAUGCAUUAUGAAGCAAAUAUACUAACACAGAAUAUUAGCCUAUAGAGGUGCAAAGCCGAACAAACCACUGUCCAGUGAUCUUUAAAGAAAACAAAGAAAAGAAUGAAAAAAUAAAAAAUGUAAUUUGUCUUUAUGAGAAACAAGAGGUCUUAUGGAUUUUUUUAUUAAUUAUUGUUAUUAUUUGAACAAUUAUGAUUGUUGUUAAUGUUAUUAUUAUUAUUGCCGUUGUUAUUAUAAUUGUAAAUGUUAAAGAAGUGUACCCUUCCUUUUUGGUUCUACUGUAGAGAAAUUGCUGUCUUUUUCCACUCUUACCUUUUCCUCUCUCCUAGUAUUUCUCUCUCUUCGUCUGUGCCUAGUCGUCUCUUCUCCUGUCUUUCACUCUUGUUUACUUUAGAGUCCAUGUGUAAUUGUUGAUAUAUAGCAAACUAUUCUUUAUAGGGGAAAGAUACAAAGCACGACAAAAUUAAAAAGAAUUCAAAAAUAA